AUGAGCGCUCCCCUUAAACACUUGUACCUCGAUCAUUUGUACCUCAACUUCGACAUCCUGAAAAAGUACCAACGCAACCUGCUCGCCCACCAGAAGCAUCUCACCGAGAACCUCGCAUGUAUGGCCCGCAGUGCCAGUCCCACUCUAACGGCUACCAAGGAGUCGCUAGCAGCGAAGCUGGAUAAGCUGGAGGCCCAGAUUAGCCAUGCGGAGGGGAAGGCCGUGAAGCUGGAGAAGCAGAUCUCGGAGGCGCUGGACGCGUAUAAGAAGAGCCGGGAUAGCGGUCCUCAGCCGGAGUCUGUACCGUAG